CCAUUGACACCUCUGACGUGUUUCUCGACCUAUUACGUUCAACGUAGUCUAUAUGUGUUAAUAUUAUUUUGUCUGGCAUGAGUUCUAAUCUAGCUCGCGAUAUGUGUUCACUCAUCAAGUUUUGCUGUUAGAAACACAAAAAAGAUGGGACGCUUGCAAAGAGAAGUACAAUUCAGAUGCACAACAGAAACAUACGUGCUACAGAGUCAAUGGUAAGUCCCAGUGAAUGUGUACGAUAGCUGCUCCACGUAUUCUAGCAGCUGUUUCCUUUAAAACUUUCAAUUGGAAGUGUGCUGGUCCUAAGGGACAGACCGGUAAAUGGGUGAAACAAGAUUCAAGGAGGGAUUUCAUCACUGACCCUAAAGUAACAAAAGUGACCUCCAAACAACUGGUGCUAGGACCUUUCUGACCACCCUCUCACCAGAAAAAGAGAUAGUUGCUGAGUGUAAGAAUUGGCUUGGUUGGAUUGACUUUUCUUCACACCUAUUACAAGAGCCAUUGAUUGAAGUCCCACUGAGCAAUUAUCAACAACACAACUAUGUGUGUCCCUGAAGAUGUCCUUUCACACUGGUUGAUGGCACCAUGUCUUCUCUCUUCUACAUUGUUCUCGAGCUGCUGAUUGCGGUGUUGGCCGUUGUGGGCAAUGUUCUAGUAUGCUGGGCCGUCUUCCUCAACACUAACCUCCAGAGCAUCACCAACUUCUUCGUGGUGUCGUUGGCAGUGGCGGACAUUGCGGUCGGACUCCUGGCCAUACCUUUUGCGGUCACCAUCAGCAUAGGCUUCUGUAGCCACUUUCAUGGAUGUCUCUUCAUCGCCUGCUUCGUACUGGUACUCACCCAGAGCUCCAUCUUCAGUUUACUGGCCAUUGCUGUGGAUCGAUACAUCGCCAUCAAAAUCCCGUUGAGGUACAACAGCCUCGUCACAGGCCAAAGAGCCAAAGGCAUCAUUGCAAUAUGUUGGAUACUCUCAGUGGUGAUUGGCUUGACACCCAUGCUGGGCUGGAACCGACAUGUCGCCGCCGGCACCAACAGCUCCUGUCCUCAAGGCUUGACGGAGUGCCUGUUUGAGAAGGUGGUCACCAUGGGUUACAUGGUUUAUUUCAACUUUUUCGGCUGCGUUUUGACACCGCUGGUAGCUAUGCUGGCGAUCUACACACGGAUCUUCAUGGCCGCCCGUCACCAGCUGAGACAAAUGGAGAUGAAGUUGGUGUACGGACACACCCAUGGUGAAGGAACUUCCUCCCGAUCUACGCUGCAAAGAGAAGUCCAUGCAGCCAAGUCUCUGGCUAUUAUAGUAGGCCUCUUCGCUAUUUGUUGGCUCCCUUUACACAUUAUUAACAGCUUCACACUGUUUUGCCCACAGUGCGAUCGUCCCAUGGACUGGAUCAUGUAUCUGGCCAUUAUUCUUUCACAUGCCAAUUCAGUAGUCAACCCGUUCAUAUACGCCUACCGUAUAUAUGACUUUAGGUUUACCUUCCGAAGAAUCAUCCGACAGCACUUCCUGGGCCACGACAAUAGACUGACCAGUGGAAGUAGGGGCGUGGCUACUUCUGCUGGGGUCAGUGUGAUUGAGAGUGCUUGUAGUUCUGUGCCCAAUGGCUAUGUGCAGGACAUCAAUCCAAUACACAGCAUUAUUUCCUGCAAUGAGUUUGGAAUUACAAAGGAAUUGCCCUCCAAAAUCAGCCACGUGAGGCCACAGACAGAUUUACAAGAUAUAGGUUACAGUUUGAAUGGACACCCACAUUCCUUUACUGCUAAUUCAAAGCAGAUUUUCUCAUUACAGACUGAGAAUGAAAUUCUUUCCAUUAGGGACCAUACGAAGCUAUGAGUGUAAAAGACUGUAGUGCUAUUUCUAAUGUACAUGUCAAAUGUAUGUUGCCCACAAGGGUAAAAGGUUGCCAAAGAUCUUGCAGAAUUAUCAUGACACAAACUUCUUUCAUUAUGAAACACAGUUAUCAUUCUUAAAAUACAAUAUGGCCAUCCUUUUUCUUUUUAACAGAUUUGGCUAUUACAGCUACACACAUUCCUUAAAGGUAGAAUGAAGCAUACAGCCUUGUUAUCCCCUUAUACAAACAUUUUCAGUAGAAUCGGCAUGACAAUGGCCCUGUGCAUCAUGCGAGGUCAGUAAAAAUUAGAAGGAAUUGGAAUGAUGACUGUGAGAAAUUUGCUCACAAACCCAUGCAGCCAUGUUUCAACAACUAAUGCAAAGUUUUCACAGAAAAUGUGAUGUUUUUAUAACGUCAAAAGGAGGACCAAGUCCCUAUUAAUGUGCAUGGUUUUGAAAUGAAAUGUUCAUUAAGCACAUACAGUAUUGGUGUGAUGUUCUGGUGUCCACAUAUUUGGCUGUGUAGUGUAAUUUUUAGGCUUAUUUAAUUCUUCAAAUAGUAGUCAUUGAUCUUCAAAGAAUGUGUCAGUUUUUGUGGUAGUGAGUGUGGCCUCGUUUACAGUACUAGCAGGAUCAGGAAAGGUAAAACUGUCUGAAGAUCAGAGAUUGAUGAUAUGUGUGCUCAACCAUUACUUUUAAAAGUAAAUUCCUGGAUUUUCAUUUAAACUUCCCUUAUCCGUUGUUAUUGACUUUAAAGCAGUGGUUCUUAAAGUGUGGGGUGUAUUUAGGUAUUUUUAGGUAAUGGGUAUUGUUGGUGGGGGCUGUUCUCAUAUCUUGUUCACUUUUAUCACAUUCAAAUUGCCACGGUGAAUUUGCAAGAACCAAUGUGCACAAUUUAUAUUCCUCCGCCUUUAUUCCUUUGUCAGGUGCGCUCACUGCGCUGCGCUUAUAAUGUGUUAAGACCCAGGAGCUCUAAGGUGAAGACAGUUCUUUCUAGCAAAUCAGUCCAAUGGUGGCAAUUUUUGGAAAACUCUUAUCUCCUAUCUACUUGAAUAGAGUGCAACAGUGCACGCCCACUUUUUUAGUCCUCUGGGUUCUGGAAGUAUUUUCACAAUUCACUUCUUCCAUAGACUUUUUAUAAAAUCCUUCAUAACAGAGUUGUAAGCCAUAAACCCAAUCAACCAGCUCCGAGGUGAAUCACAACAUCACAUACUUUGUUUUAAGGCAAAAAAGUAUUUGAAAAUUGGACAUUAAGACAAAAGGUACAAGGCUGUGUACUUACCGUUUCAUGAGGGCAUAAGCUACAUUGCGAAGCAUUGCGAAUGACGUCAUUGAAUAAAAACGAUGGGAAUAUAAAACUACUGAUUAUAGGUUGUUGAUUAUAAGUAUAGAAACAAAAUAUUUAAUGUUUGUUGCAAAAUAUUCUGAUAUGAACAUAUAUAAAUAGUUUAAGGGUGAAGAGAGACUGAUCACGUCAUUCACAGACUGUCGUUCCGAAGCACAUUUCGUGGUUUGUUUUGGCUGUGGUUCUCUGAUUGGUAGAUCUUUCUCUGAUGGACCAUGGGUAAUGUAGUUGUUUACCAUGAAUUCCUCUAUCAAACACAAUUUUAACAAUGAGGUUGAAAUAAAGCAGAUGGAUGGCUUCAGUGGAAACAAAUACCACCAAUGAACAACCUCGUAGCUCACGGUAUUUCAGUUUUUAAAGGUUUAUAAGUUAGCAUUGAAAAUCAAUUAGUCUAUGGGAAAAAUGAAUGGGAUUUUUAAUUUAGAAACUAGACUGUUGAGCUCUAUUGGGGAAAGACGUACACCUCCAUUACGGUUGGUCAAAAUUAUGAUAAAAAAACAAACUGUAAAAUCAGCAAUCAAAUCACAAAUUGUGCUUCUUUAACGAAGAUUACGGCAAAAACAAAACAAAAAAAAAUAACAACAAAACAAAACCCCCAUGCAAUUUUCCUGGCUUUGUAUAUCUAAUGCACAUGGACGCUCUCGAGUUGACUGACAGGUGAUGUCUGUAUCUAAAACGUGAUUGGCUCUUGUAAGUCGGGACUUCCUUUCUACAUCAGUUUACCGUUGGCCAUUCCAAUUUCUCCCAUCCCAUUCAUUUUAAUAUAAGUGGCCUGUCUCUGCCAAAUAGUCUCUGGUAAAAAGUUGAGUAGUCAUGUGGCUUCAAAAUAAUGUAAUUAUAUUGCUCAAAUUUUAUGUUACUUUUGGAGCUUGACAGUCACAAUCACUGUCCUCAAUCUUGUGUUUCAUGGAUAGACUAAUAUAUAUUAAUACUCCUGCAAGCAGAAUAGUUUUUUUAUUUAUUCAAUUUUUUUAUGUUUUAUAGGUGUUUAGGCAUAUGUUUAUGUAUUUAUUUAGCACAGAAACAUGUAGGCCUAGUGACAAAUGUUAAUCUAAUGGAUUAAAUCAAUAAUCAGGGGACUUCAGCUAAAUCUAUUAUGACCAUGCCAUAAAAGACCUCUGAUGUAUGGCACGUUUACAAGAUGUAUCACAUUUGCUUUUAAGUCCAAGCCUGCAGAGCCUAUGUUGUGCUUUUAAAACUUGACCAAACAUAAUUGUACAGUACUGCUUGUAAGCAUGUGUUACUUAUAAAAUGUACAAAAUAAAAAGAGUGUUUUGA